AUGGCUGGGCUACGGGACAGCCAAGCUCCGGUGGUAGACAAUUCCGGGACAGGAGACGGGCCCGGCACAGCAUCAGCACCGGAACAGCCCUCAUCAACACCCCGAGCCGACCCCCCAACCUCACCGUCCUACGCCGGCCCGGACGAGACCACCGAAAUCACGCAUCUCUACCUCACCUUCGCCGCUAACCCCCUCCCAACAGCCAACACGACGCUCCAACGCCCCCUGAAACGGACGGAACCCCCAAAUCCCCGCCAUCCUCCUCCCGCUCCCGCUCCCCCUCCACCACCAGACCUCACCCGCUACACGGAUCCGCUCACCUGGGCCCCUUCGCGGAAAUACCUCAUUCUGGCGCUCUCCUGCAUCGCCACGUGGUUAACAGCCUACACAGCGGGCUCCUACUCGCCACCACAGCAGCUGAUCCGGUCGUCCCUGCGUGAAGACCACCCGUCGACGGAGGCCGUGCUGACGGGCAUCACGACGUUCUGCCUGGGCUUCGCCUUCGCGCCCAUGGUGCUGGCGCCGCUGUCCGAGAUGAACGGGCGGUACCCGGUCUUUGUGGCCGCGGGCGUCGUGUACGUGGUGUUCCAGGCCGUCUGCGGCGUCGUGGACUCGCUCGCCGGCAUGCUGGUGGCCCGCUUCCUCGUCGGCGUGGGCGGGUCGGUGUUCAGCACCAUGGUCGGCGGCGUCAUUGCCGACAUGUGGGAUGCGAGGGGGCGGAACAUGCCCAUGGCGCUGUUCAGCGGUGCCGUGUUGGCCGGCACCGGGGCCGGGCCGCUCGUGGGUGCGAUCAUGGCGCACCGGUUGCGGGAGGGGGACAGGUGGAAGUGGAUCUUCUGGCAUCAGGUUGUGAUGGGUGGUGUGUUGAUGGUGGCGUUGGUGGUGUGUUUCCGGGAGAGUCGGGGGUCGGUGCUGCUGUCGAGGAAGGCGAGAGCGCUGAAUAAGUGGUAUGAGAAGCUGGAAGGGGAAGGCUAUUUCGGGGUGUGGCAUGUCGAGGCCAGUGGGAGUGGGAAUCUGCGCGGUGUCUCGUUCGAGGAGGAGAAGAGCGUCACUCCUACCCAACUUCACCAUGCGGCGGCGGCGACGGAACUGAAACGGAUCCGGUGGCGGGUCAAGGAGGACGAGGAGCGGGCGUCCCUCGGCAAGAUGAUUGCCACUUCGGUCUCGCGGCCCUUCCACCUCCUGUUCACAGAAUCCGUUGUCUUCUUCUUCUCCCUGUGGGUGGCCUUUGCCUGGGGCAUCCUGUACCUCACCUUCGGCUCCAUCCCGCUCGUCUUCCAGGUCGUGUACGGCUGGUCACUCGAGCAGGCGGGCUACAUGUUCGCCUCCACCAUCAUCGGCGCCGUGCUCGCAACCGCCAUCGGCAUCUGGCAGCAGCAGGUCCUACUACACCCGAAAUGGGCGACCCCCAUUCUCGACGAGGCCAAAGUUGACAGCGGCAACACCUCCGAGGACUCCAACAGCAAAAUCCCCGCACCCCCAUCCCCGCCCGCUCGCUCCGACCGCUUCUGGGGCUUCCUCCGCCGGCACUUCCCGGCCUCGUCCCCUGAGUCGCGUCUCUACUUCACGUGCAUCAGCAGCACGCUGCUCCCGAUCGGCCUGUUCGUGUUUGGCUUCACGGCCCGCGCCGACACGCACUGGAUCGCGCCGGCCAUCGGCGUGGUCCUGGCCACGAUGGGCAUCCUCCUGAUCUACCUGGCAGUCUUCAACUACUUCGCCGACACCUACCACAAGUAUGCGUCGUCGGCGCUGGCCGCGCAGUCCUUCUGCCGGAAUAUCCUCGGCGGCGCCUUCCCGCUCGUCACGGGGCCGCUGUUCCGGAACUUAGGGGACGCAAGGGCCGGGGCAGUGCUGGGCGGGAUUGCGACUGCGUUGACGGUCGUGCCGUGGGUGUUGGUGUUCUUUGGGCAGAGGAUCAGGGCGAGGAGUCCGUUUGCUAGUCAACUCGAAGGGACGUAA